UCUGGGCAGCCCAUGCUGGAACAUCCCCUACUGCAAUAAAACCCCCUGAGGACACGCAGUCUGCUUGCUGCCAUCUCUCCUCUCCUCCACUCCACUCCUCCGUGUUCUCUCCGUCUUCUCGUCCGACACUCGUCUAGGUACGCCUGACUCCGGUCUUCACCUCGGUCGCCACGGAGCCACAGAAGACGAAAAUGUCCUCCAAGAUGCCUCCAGGCAAAGCGAAGCCCACGUCCCCGUUCAGGAAAAGGGGCAGCCUGCAGUACACCGCCGGCUCUGAUCUCCGUGCUGGCCGCCACCUACUCACUUCGCAGCACUCGUUGCCUGGAAACCCUCUGGCCCUCAAGCAUUGCCCUAUCGACCUGCGCACCUCCAUGGACGGCAAGUACAAAGAAAUUGCAGAGGAGCUGUUCUCUCGCAGUCUGGCGGACAACGAGAUGCGCAGCGCUCCCUAUGAGUUCCCCGAGGACAGCCCCAUCGAGCAGCUGGAGGAACGGCGCCAACGACUAGAGAGACAGAUCAGCCAGGAUGUCAAGCAUGAGCCUGAUAUCCUAUUGCGAGCCAAGCAGGAGUUCAUGAAAACCGACAGCGCCGCAGACCUGGAACUUCUGAAAGAGCAAACUCAAGCUCCUAUGGACGCGUGCCCCACCGAGAGAGAAAUGCCUCCGGAGCGGGAGUACCAGAGGGUGGCCAUCUCUGGAGAGGAGAAGUGUGGGGUUCCCUUCACAGAUCUGCUGGAUGCUGCCAAGUGUGUGGUGAAAGCACUGUUCAUCCGGCAGAAGUACAUCUCUCUGUCCAUGCAGAGUUUCUGCAGGACCACGGCGCGCUACCUGCAGGAGCUGUCCGAGAGGCCCCUGGACCUGCCGAUGUACGAGGAGAUCCCGGAGACCUCGCUCACCUCAGAUGCCCCUGUGGACCCCCCGGUGUCUGAGACCCACCCCUAUGAGAACACGGACCCCACCAGCAUGCCCUCUGACAUGGGCUACGGCUGCAAGUCGGUGGACGGAGUCAUUCAUGUGUACACCAAGAAGAGCAUUAUGGACAUGAGCACAGAGUUGGACCUCCCCUACCCAGACCUGAAAGAGUACAUUGCUGACAUGAAUGUUAUGAUGGCGCUCAUUAUCAAUGGACCAGUGAAGUCCUUCUGUUAUCGCCGCCUGCAGUAUUUAAGCUCUAAGUUUCAGAUGCACAUCUUGCUCAAUGAGAUGAAGGAACUGGCGGCUCAGAAGAAGGUUCCUCAUCGAGACUUCUACAACAUCCGCAAGGUGGACACACAUAUCCAUGCGUCAUCCUGCAUGAACCAGAAGCACCUGCUCCGCUUCAUCAAAAGGGCCAUGAAGAAGUAUCCGGGGGAGAUUGUGCAUGUGGAGAGGGGUAGAGGACAGACGCUCAUGGAGGUGUUCGAGAGCAUGAACCUCACAGCCUUCGACCUGAGUGUGGACACCCUGGACAUGCAUGCAGACCGUAACACUUUCCAUCGUUUUGACAAGUUUAACGCCAAAUACAAUCCUAUUGGGGAGUCCAUCCUGCGAGAGAUCUUCAUCAAAACUGACAACCAUGUUGAAGGCAAAUAUUUUGCACAUAUCAUCAAGGAGGUGAUGGCAGACCUAGAGGAGAGCAAGUAUCAGAAUGUAGAGCUGCGUCUGUCUAUCUAUGGUCGUUCGAGGGACGAGUGGGACAAGCUGGCCAAGUGGGCAGUCAAACAUGGCGUCUACUCAGACAACGUGCGCUGGCUGGUUCAGGUGCCUCGUCUCUUUGAUGUGUACCACACCAAGAAACAACUGUCCAACUUUCAGGAGAUGUUGGAAAAUAUCUUCAUGCCCCUGUUUGAAGCUACCAUCAACCCCGCCAGCCACCCUGAGCUACACCUGUUCCUACAGCAUUUGGUGGGCUUUGACAGUGUCGAUGAUGAGUCCAAACCAGAGCACCACAUCUUUAACUUGGACAGUCCACUUCCUGCCAACUGGACGGAAGAGGACAACCCUCCAUACUCUUACUACCUCUACUACAUGUAUGCCAACAUGACUGUGCUCAACCACCUACGCAGGAGACGGAACUUCAACACGUUUGUGCUCCGCCCCCACUGCGGAGAGGCGGGCCCGAUCCACCACCUGGUCUCUGGCUUCAUGCUGUCUGAGAACAUCUCGCACGGUCUCCUGCUGAGAAAGGCUCCAGUGCUGCAGUAUCUGUACUAUCUGGCCCAGAUUGGCAUCGCCAUGUCCCCUCUCAGCAACAACAGCCUCUUCCUGAGUUACCACCGCAACCCUCUGCCAGAGUACCUCUCCAGAGGCCUCAUGGUGUCCUUGUCCACCGAUGACCCCCUCCAGUUCCACUUCACAAAGGAGCCACUGAUGGAGGAAUACAGCAUUGCUGCGCAGGUGUGGAAGCUGAGCUCCUGUGACAUGUGUGAGCUGGCCAGGAACAGCGUGCUGAUGAGCGGCUUCACCCACCAGGUCAAAAGGUACUGGAUGGGGCCAGACUACUUCAGGGAAGGGCAGGAGGGCAACGACAUCCGUCGCACCAACGUCCCUGACAUCCGCCUGGCCUACCGCCACGAGACCAUGUGUGAGGAGUUGAACCUCAUUACCCAGGCCAUACGCACGGAGGAACUGGACACCAUCGAGGAGGAAGGAGCCUUCUCCAUGAGCCCUGCAUCAGCGGGCCAGUGAAGAUGAUUAUUCAGUGAACACACACUUCUCCGCAUGGCUAAUGAACGGAAGGGAAGAGCCCGUGUUACACUGCAUUUCUCCUGCAAAGGACCUCAUGUGAAUUUGUUAUUGUAGUGCAUCAUGCAGUAUGCCAGAUCAUCGACUUAUCCCUUAAACAUGUCUCCCAAAAAUAGGAUUCCUCUGUACCUAAUUUUCUACUUUUUGUUUUUCAUCCUUGAUUGUCUUUUUUUUAUUUUGUUGUACUCUGUUUGGUAUGUUGUUGUGAUGGUAUUUUUGGACUUAUUUAUUAUCAGAGGAUAUCUCUUCCUGAAAGAAUUAUGUUGUUGCCAGGAAUUUCCCUGUCAGUUUUUGACUAAAUGUGAGUAAUAUUUAUUUCUGAAGAAGAACAUACUGAGUGAAUACAUGUGUGUACAAAUGUGUUUGAUCUUGUUGCAGAAUGUGAGAGAAAUGGAAAGCUGGUUUGUGACUAAGGUCAACACAUCAAAGCUUAGAACUGACAUUAGAAUAUAUUUUCUUGCAAAGAAACUGUCAAAACAAGUAUACUGAAGGCAAUAAAAAUACAAAUUGUAUGUUUUGCAAUAAAAUAUUUUUAUUUGUCUCACGACAAAGUUA